GUUACAUAAAAAAAUAUAAUUCCUAAAACAUGGAGAUGUAAUGUAUAUGGUUGAAUUAUGAAUAUUUUGGACAGACUGAGAAUGAAAUAAUAAAUAUAAAAUACAUUAACCUGUCACAUUUGUUUAGAUUUACAGACGUUAGUCGAUAUAAUGUAUUGGCAUGUCUUAUCGAAAUAACGAUGCCACAUGUUUUAUUGUUUAUACCUACGCCAUUCGUGUUUUCAACUAGCAUCGUAACAUCGCGCAUUCGAUAUUCGUUAUUUCCAUAUCGAAUACUAGCAUCGCGUGCUGGCAUCGGAUGCCAAUUGCCAUUAUCGUUAUUAUAAAAACGACCAUCUGGUUAGCUCCAGUAAAUAGGUAAACAUUACUGAUGAUUGAGUAUGCCUAUAGGUCCUGUUUUUGAUGAAGUGAUUUUUAGUGCUUAAAAAAAUCUCAUUUCUACCCAAAAUCUUCUGUCUCAUUUUUACAUAAAUUGUCCCUAUUUCUUCCGCAAAAGAAAUAUUUAUUUAAAUUCACACUUCUUAUUUAUUUAAUCUAGAAUCACCCUAUAUAUUAUCUAGGAGGUGUUUUGCAUUCAACUGGAAAAACCACUUCAAUAAUUUAUUUAGUAUACCUACUAUUUAAUUAAUUUAAGAUCGUGAUUUAGUCGCGUAAAAUAUUAAAUAAUGUGUAUUUAGAAACGUAUUGGCCUCUUCAUAAAUAUUUAUGAAACAAAAAAUACUCAUGUUGUAUUAAUCUAAUAUUUUAACAUUUAAUCUGAUCGAACUGAUAAAAACUGGUCAAUCUUUGAAGAAAUUAAAACAAAAAAACAUAGUUCUGUGACUUUUUAUAUACAACGAAGACAGAAUGGAUGGCAAACGUUCUGGUGAGAGUGAUGUAAUGUUGCAAGAAAUUAAUUAUGUGCCGACAAGAACUGAAUGUAGUGAUAAUCAACAACUGAAAGCCGAAAAUAACGUGAAGCGAUCUGAUACGCCGUUUUUAUGGUUCGUAGUUUUGACAGUAAUAUUGCUGAUGUUAGUGGGCUGUACCUCCUUCGGAUGGGCUUCCCCCGCAGUCAUCAAACUCAAAUCGGAGAAUCCAGAAGUAAACCCAUUAGGGAGACCCAUAACGACUGUUGAAAUAUCAGUAUUGGCAGGUAUGCCAGUUCUGUCAUCGCUCAUCGGAUCUUACAUGAUACCAAGAUUGGCUGACAUUGUAGGAAGAAAAACUAGUCUACAAAUAACAGCGAUUGGUAUGUUCGCUAGCAUAGUUGGUAUAGCUUUCAGUUCCAAAAUCUACUUAUUAAUUAUAUCUUGUGCCAUAUUAUCCAACUUAUUUGCGGGAACUUGGGGAAUCCUUCCAAUUUAUCUAACGGAAAUCUGCGAGGACCACAACAGGACUAAAUUCGGCUGUCUAAUGUCAGCUUGUAUACCUCUAGGCCAGCUCUACUGCUACGUUUUCGGACCACCGUUCAGCCUUAAAUAUUUUACACUGAUUACUGCAGCUCCAUUACUGCCUUUUUUUGCAUUAUUUUUAUUUGCUCCUGAGAGUCCCGUCUACUUACUAAGCAAAGGUAAAAAGGAAGACUGUAUGAAAGCGCUGAUGAAAUUGAGAAGGAACAAAUCAAAGACUGAAUUAGAGAUCGAUUUCGAUAGAAUUAAAUUAAGUUUAAGAGAUACUAUGGAUACAAAACCUGAUUUAACUGCACUGGUUAAAACAAGAGAAAGUAGAAUUGGAUUAUUAAUAUCAAUGAUGCCAGUUUCUGGACAGUAUUUGUGCGGGGUUCCAGUAAUGAUGUCGCUACUAGCACCGAUUUUUAAUGAAUCCAGUACUUUACUGUCUGGAAAUAUGAUCGCUGUGAUAGUUGGUGUGGUUAAGCUUCUAACUUUUAUUAUUACCUCUUCUAUUAUUGAAAAAACGGGAAGAAAACCAAUGUUGGUAUUAUCUUCUGUAGGAUCGGGUAUAUCAACUUUAGUAAUAGGAUUAUAUUUCUAUUUAAAAUAUAUCAAUUCAGUAUUUAUUGAAAAACUUCAAUGGUUACCAAUUGCAUCUGUUUUCUUGUAUAUAAUUUCGUACUCUCUAGGUCUUGGACCCAUUCCUCAAUGUGUUCCAAGCGAGAUGUUCCUUCCUCAUCAAAGAUCAACAGCUCAAGCAUUCAUCAGUGCUUACGCGAACGCUCUUUAUGCCUUCUAUUUAUUCGUUUAUCCUCUUUUAGCUGAAGCAAUAGGAAGUUAUUCUUGUUUUUGGAUAUUUAGUGGUACUUGUUUCGCAGGGGCAGUUGUGUUUUAUUAUGUCAUGCCGGAGACCAGAGGAAAAAGUAUUCUUGAAAUUCAAGAAAUGUUGAAGAGGUACUAGUGACAAAGAUGGUAGCUGAUGUAUCGGAUAUAAUGACACAGUACAAGGCAUAAAUAUGGACACAAAUAGAAAACGUUUUUAUUGUAUGUUUUAUUGUUUAUAAGAGUACCUACUUGUAUUUGAUCCUAAAAUGCACUUACCAAAAUGUAAAUAUAUCCUUUCGUUCUAAGGGAGGAUCUUCCAAAUAUAAAAUUUGUAACUUUACUUUUCAGAAUACAAAAAUAUUCUGAAUAAUGUUAGUAAUAUAAUUAAUAAAUGUUAGUUUAUCAGAAAUUGUUACGCUCAGUAUUUUGUAUGCAUGUACUUUAAAAUAUAUUUUUGUUAUAUUUUUGUAAACAUUAUUUUACAAUUUAUUAUUUUUAUUAAAAUAAAC